CAGUGUCGGGCGCAGACCUUACGAAGCGAGGCGCCAUUUUGCGCUGCUGCUGCUACUGCCGCUGCCGCCGCCUCCGCCGCCACAAGAGGGUAGCUGGUUGACUGAGGAGGCAGCCUCAGGAGAAGGUCGCGGCGCUCAAGCGCUCCUCGCCCGGGUUCCCGCUCGUUUCAUCCGCCUGCCGGGUUGGGAGGAAAGCGCCGCCAUGAGUGACGUGGAGGAGAACAACUUCGAGGGGAGGGUGAGUAGUGAGCGCUUCUCUGUCCAGGCCGAGGUGUCGGAGGCCUGGCCUGGCCCCGAGGGCACGAAGUCGCUCGAGACGCGGGGGAAACGGAGCCUCCCAGCCGGGCGCGGAGCGGGGCGGAGCCACCCGGAGGAGAGCGCCGUUGUUUCUCCAAAAUGGUUUCCUUCGCCUGAGGUGGGGGCCGCGCUGACGCCCGCGGGGGCCGCUUUCGCGGUUUCUGUUCCGGGCCUGGCUUUCCCGCCCUCCCAUUUUUGAACCGGGAUCUUUAGUCUUAAAAAACAAAACAAAACCCCAAAAAACAUGAUCCUGGGAUUCCGGUUGUUACGCUCUCUCCUGAUUCCUAGCCCACCCCCUUCCCAGUUUCCAGUUCUGAGCUCUGCUGUUAUCGCUAGAACCCGAUGAAUCUCUCUAUAUAUAAUUUUUAAAACUGCAAAACCAGCCCCGUUUUCUUCCUUUCCAAGGCCCCGACCGCCAAAUCCUGAGCGAAGUUAGGAUUUGUUUGGUAGGAAGGGAUCUCAACGCCUCGUGUAGAUCAGGAAAUCCGGCGCGUGCGGACCGAGGCGAUCUUCUUUCUUAGGCAGAAAAGGCUGUUUUCCCUCCGGCUCAAUUUUUUCAGACCGAAGACCCAGCUUUAGCCCACACAUGCAAUUGGGGACCUACUUCUUAAUUAUUUUUUUACUGAUACAUUCCUAUGACGGUGGUUUUGUAGCGACCCAGCUUUAGGUCAGGGUUCCUACUCUGCGGUUGAAGGUCAGCGUCCUCCUAGGCAGCCUUCUUGUAUCUCCAGUACGACUUCUAGUUUAAACAAGAAAAGCCAGAAUCAAUUUUUUGUUGUGUCUGGGGUGGCGGCAGACAUUUUGCUCUGUUUAGGUUUGUUGUUAGUAACUCAACGGUUUGAUCCAAAGCCCGCGCCUGUGCUUCACCCGCGCUGUUUUGUUAUUUAUUAUUGUUAUAUAUGUUGUAGGAAAUCAUUCGAUUGACCCCUCGGAAGCUUUCUGAAGGAGAGGUGUGAAUCCUCUCUCAAAUGAAUUGGAGGCAUUAUUUAGUAAUGGCAUUGAGAUUCAUGCCUGGGGAAAGUGCAUUAUCUUAGCUUGAUUUAUCAGGGUGUUUUAUACUAGUGUUUAUCUACCACUAUACAGCAGCUUGAGAGACUCCCUUCCUUUCCCCUGCCCUCCAAUAUAAAGAAGUAUGAGGGAAUGAUUCUGAAAUACGUGUCUUUGGCACAGCUUGCAACUCACAAUUUCCCAUAUAAAUCCGAAAAGUAGCAAUAGGGAGGUUUGGGUGAGUGUUGUAAGUCGAACAAUUCCAGCCAUUCUUGGGUGGAAUACAUUUAUUUGACCCUUGGCAAUUAUGAUCAGACUGGGCUGGAUGUGGGACUGGAACAGCAUUAGUUACACUUGGUGAAUGAUCUAUACUUGGAGGUGAACAGGGAGAAACUUUUUUUGGACCUCUCAGCACCUUUUAGGUCAUUCCAUUCUUCAAUUCCAGUUUGAACUUCUAGACAGAAUGUCUGGGCUGUUGGUCAGAAUGAUUCCAUGUUGUUUUUUAAAUUGGCUACAUUCAGCAUAAGGAUAUUUGGAAGACUCGCUUAGUGCUGUGGGAAUAGGGCCUGCCAUAUCAAUAUGCUGAUCACAUCCAUCUCUAUUCUCUUAUGUAAGCAUCCAGGAGUGACUGUCAGUGUUGAACCAAUGUAUGGUGGCUAAGACAAAACAAAAUGAAAUUAGGCCAAAGAAGACAUGGGAUCACCCACUACCACCACCUAAGUCUUUGGCAGGGAGGGGGUAGUAAAGUAGCUGGACGCAGAUUCACUGCACGACUAACUGCAGUACUGUACUGUCUACUAUGCUAUAUUUAACACAUGCACGCAUGCGUGCAUACAACAUGUCUUAACAGGAAAAGCACACUAUUUGUUUCCAUAUCCAUUUUUUACCAUAGAGAGAAUGCUUUGUUUAUGGAUAAGUAGGUAGUGAUGGUCCAGGAACACUUUUUACCAGCUCCACUUCUCCACUGCUCUGUUUUUAAAAGCAGGGAUGUCCACUUUUAGCCUGUAAACUUCUGUGCCCAAUUCAGAGUUCCUGUGCUUGCCUUAUAAAUCUUUCAUGGUCUAGACCACCCUAUCUAGAACCAUUUAUAUCUAUAUGCAGGGCUAGCCUAAUAUAUUUUGGCACCAGAGGUAGAUCCCCACCAGGGAAGAAGGGGUGAGGGAAAAUCUACAUCAGAAACAAGGUGAAGAGAGAUUGACAUGGGGAUCUGCUACCCCAGUGAAGCUUGCCACAUGAGGCAGUCAUUUCAUCUUGCCUCGGGUGGGCCAGCCUUGUCUAUAUGUACCCUAAUUCCAGCUGUGGUGAUUUGAUCAAAGCAUUCUGCGUAUUCCCUCAUUAUAUGAAGUGAAAAGUUGCCAGCUAGCACUGGAGCUUUCACAUUAACUGGCCUGGAGCUCUAAAACCUGAGCGGUAGUAUUUAAUGCUGAUUGAACAUUCCAAGAAAACACCUUGCAUUCUUUGUGCAUUCAAAUUUAGAUUUGAAUGUGCACAAAAUAAAAUAACAUGUUUAACCUGUGAUGAUGAGUGUGUGUUAAAUAUAUAGAGCCACAUAGUUCUGUAGAAAGUUAGCAGGGCAGAGUAUCUGUGUUCAACUAGUUCACUACACUUAGAACAGAUCUGCACAAUUCAAUGCAAACUGCUGCAUCAAAAGUGGUGUUCUAUUACAGAAUGCUUUGUAGUCAUUUGUAGAGUGUAUCUGUUUGGUUUUCAGUGCUUUGGUGCUCAGUACUGAUAAUGGGUUUGAUGAUAAACACUUGGUGCUCAAAAGAAAAUUUUAAAUAGCUUGUAAAUGAGCCUACAAAUACUUUGCUAUACCUGUGUUGGUUCUUCUUCUUCUUCUUCUUCUUCUUCUUCUUCUUCUUAGCUUAACUCAUUCCUUGCCUGCCUUCCUGGAGCCAGUUUUAUCAUUCUAUAUCUAUAUUAGAGUUGGGGCUUGGCUUAGGGCAAUUUUGUAUGUUAAAUGCCCUAGUUCUGUACCAGAGCAUGCUUGCUCUUAUAUUAGUAGUUUUUGUAGGAAAAGGCAGAUGACUGAAUACAUUUGAGAAAGAUAACUCAUUGGGCUAGUGUUUCUCAGAGACAGCCAAAACAAAAAACAAAACAAAAAAUAUGCCAACCUGACAAUUACUUGAAGGCUUCAGUUGUAGAAGUGCAUUUUGAAGCAGGACUAAACACUACUACUGUUUCCAAUAAAUAUUUGACAACUUGAGAGGUUCAAAGUUAAUUCUAUAUUUUCUUAAUCCUAAAUAGUUGCAUAAAGUAUUGGGAAAUUGCAGGUGAUUGGAUGUUUGAUCCUUGGGGAUUUAACAAAAUAUUGGUAGUCCUAUGGUUGGACCAUACCUAAAAAACAUAGAUGCAGACUUCUAAUAAUUUUUUUAAGGAUUUUUGUCAGGCUGUAUGUUGGAUCUGUAUUAUAAUUGCCUAUGUUUAUUGUAGUGUUCAAAAACACUGCCAUGUAAUGUCUGAACCCCUUUUAGAUUCUAACAUGGGAGCCGGUCUAGCAACCACACUCUUGGGCCUUGGAGGGCUGUUACCCUAAUCCUAGAAGUUUAGGCCUUUGCUCCGAUUAUUUAGUAAUGAAGGCAGUGCCCUCCUUUAUUGUUUCUAAACAUUUCAGGGCUAAACAUGAAUGCUUAGAAGAAAUUCUAGGGCUGAGUUCUCAGCUUUGGAUGAAAUUUAAGGGAACUAUAUUUCUAACCUGCACUGGUGUGUUUAUCCUGUCCAUGCUUUUAACAUAACAAAGGCAAACAAUUCAAGUGUUAGCUAUGUUACAUUGGUGCUACUUCCAGUUAUGCCUUUGAGCUAUUGGGUUCUAAACAUACAUUCAGAAAUGGACUCAGAAUGUGUGUUCCAUGUUGGAAUGUUGAUGUAAAGCAGCAGUGGGGAAUCUUGGGCCCUGGGGGCCAAAUCUGGCCCUCCAAACCUCUCUGUUUGACCUCUAAGAUUCACUUCCAGGCCUCACUCCUCAUCAUUUCUGCUUUUCACUAUCCUUGAGUGUUUUUGCCUGCCUAAAAUUUGUCCUUGAGCUUUGAUAAUCCUUUUGCUAGUCUGGAUGGAAGAUAGAGAGGGUUGUCUGAGAGAGUGUGUGGAAACUAUCCCAGCAUGUGGUCCUUUGAAGUCUUCGCUUUCAGUGCAGGGCCAUGGCGAGCAGCCCAUAGGGCAAGCUGAUGGGCAAUCAGCUGUCCUCCAAGCCAGGUUCAGCACAGCUGCUUACAGUAGGAACCCCAGCCUGGCCUCAGAGAGGCGAAAAAAUGUCUCCACAAAAGAUACAGAGUUGUCUUCUGCACUAUAAAAACAGCAUGGUAUAUUGGUUCCCCAAGGACCAGAGCAGAUACCAUGCUGUUUUUAUAGUUGCUAGGCUGCUCUAGCUCUUUCAUGAAUUCGCCUGAUCUCCUUUCAUGAAUUCGCCUGAUCUCCUUUUCUAUAGCUUAAGGCAGUGUUUUUCAACCUUUUUUGGGCAAAGGCACACUUGUUUCAUGAAAAAAAUCACGAGGCACACCACCAUUAGAAAAUGUUAAAAAAUUUAACUCUGUGCCUAUAUCGACUAUAUAUAAAGUAAUUCUCUUGAAUAGGAAUCAAAUAAACACAAAGAAGCAUGGUUUAACAUUCAAGCAUGGUUUAAUAUUUUUUUCUUUAAUGGCAAACAAAAACGUUGCGGACCGUUCUCUGCUCAGCGGGGAUCGAUCCGCUAAUCCCCGCUGAGCUGGCGGAUGACAGCUCCGUCUCCGCACUGUGUGCGGAGAGGGAGAUGUCAGAGCCCCGCUGCUCUCUAUGGGGAAUCGGAUGAGAGCGGACCGCCUGUCUGCUCUCAUCCGAUCCCAUCCGAUCUGAUCCCCACCCAGGACGGAUGGAAAAUAGGGUGGACACAGUCCGGCGCCCGCCUAGUGGGCGAAAAAUUGACAUUUUUUUUUAAAAAAAAUCUUUCGAAUUUUUCCCACGGCACACCAGGCAACAUCUCGCGGCACACUAGUGUGCCGCGGAACAGUGGUUGAAAAACACUGGCUUAAGGCAGGUUUGGCCAACUCCCAAGAGACUGCGAUCUAUUCCCAGUAUAAAAAAACUGGCAGUGAUCUACCCAUUGUCAUUGAAGGGAGGAGCGUGCGUGGGGUGGGUGGAUUGCCCAGAAUUUUUUUUUAGGAGAGAAGUGCCCAGAGUUGUUGAGGUUUUUUUGGGGAAGAUUGCACAGAGUUUUUUUAGCUUUCCCCCAAUAACUUUUUGUACACGAUGAGGAUCCCGUGAUCUACCACUGGUUGGACAUCCUUGACUUAAGGCAUUGGGUCUGAGUGAUCUGUAGUUAGUACAAACUUGGGAGUGCUCUCAACUCUAGGGAACAUGGGGUUCCUGAAUUGGUGCUCAUUGAGGAUCCUGGAAGUACUUUCUGUGCAGACAGAAUUGCCUGUGAACCAGAUCAUUGCCCUUCUUCACCGAGUGCCCCCUGCGCAUACUGGUUUUAUUUGGAGUUGAUGGUAUCUUAAUUAGCUUUAUUGAGCUUUUAUUGCUAGCUGUAAAACUUCUAUUUCUAUAGCACUCUGGUGUAGAACUGCUUUACAAUGCCAGUUCUAUUCAUCUUCUCUUAUUCAACCUCUCAACAACCUUGUUAGGUUGAAUGAUGGUGAGCACAGAAAUUAUGUGGCUCAUUAGGAAUUUGGACCUAGGUCUUGGACUUCCCAGGGCAUAGCAACCCCCCCCUCCCUACAGUAGGGUUUAGACUGGUAAAAAGAUACCCCUGUUGUCAUGAGGGGAAAUGUAAUUGAAGAUGAUUUUUUUCAAUUGAUCACACCUUUUAAUUGAUUUAAUCUUGCAACUCUUUAGGCCCAUUUUAAAGUGCUUGAGAAACUUUAUUGUCCUGUCUUGUUGAAGGUAUCAGCAAAAUAAAAUUAACUAUUUUUAGAUUCUUAUUUGUAUACAUUUAUCAAUGUUAUAUAACAGUAUCAUUGUAUUUGAAAGGGCUCAUUUGACAAAUCCUUUUAAAAAAUAGUUUAUUUUAUUAUUUAUUUAUUAAAUUUGUAUUCUGCCCUUCAUCCAAAUAUCUCUGGGUGGUUCAUAUAUCCCACGCAUCAUAUAAUACAGAACUUAGUUGUUUAUCUACAAUAUCAGUGGUACCUUCCAUUCCGCUUUGUUUAUGGCAGUCUUCAAAGUUGAAUGGUUGUUUCUCACAAGACUCUUAAGGCUGCACACUCAGGAGUAAGUCUUACUGAAUUUGGUGGUACUUGCUUCUGUGUCAAUAUGUAUAGCAUUGUCCUGUAGAUUUGUUUAUAUUGGGUCCCAAACCAUCCCAGUCAUCCCAUCUAUUUACAUUUUGAAUAUUAAGAGUCACAAAUUUUGGUGGACCUAGUGAUUAUUUGUGGUUUUCCUGACCUCUUGUCUGAGUCCUCUGCACAGAGAGCUCUGGGAAAGAGUCUCAAGUUGUGAUUGGAUUGGGCAAGUAGCUGCCAGGAAGAGAUCCAUGGUUGCAGAUGACGAAAUGACCACCUCAGGAUUCAGUCACGGCUCCCCUAUGGUUGGGUGUAAGUUAAACAUGUGAAUAAAUGCUAGUCUAAAGGGUUGAUACCUUUGAUUCUGCUCAGAAAGUUUGUCCUGCAUUCUUGACACUUUUACGUUAUGAACAUAGUUAUCUGAAAGCAAGAGAAAGAAAGCUAAAUCAACAGUAGUUGGGAUCUGACUAUUAAGUCUUCUCUUAGCACCUUAAUUUAGGCUGUUAUCCUUUACUCAUUUACCUGUGGAUAAUUCCUAUUGAAUUACUACUCCAUGGAGCUUACUUUUGAGUAGGCAUGCCUAAGAUUGCCUUGCCAGUGUGAAACAAUUUCAUAUAUGAAAAAAAUUAUUAUGAGUUAUAUUUUUGCAGCCACCUUGUGAGAGUGUUAACCUGGCACUGCACAGUAUACUCCUUCUUUACUAAUUGAUUCUUGUGGAAGUUUGCUGAUGGGAAGUUUGGGUUAGAAACUUAGUCAAUGAAGUGGGCUUUUUUAUUUUUUAUAUGGGCAAGCAUGAAAAGUGAGGCACCCUGCCCCACUUUCAUAUUUAAUAUUUUCUUUGGUUAAGCAUUUUUCCACCAUCAAUUUCCCUGUCUUUCUUACCCAUUCCUCCUAAUUUUUUUUUUUUUUUUUAAAGAACAUUGUCUUGUUUUGACAAUUAGACACAGCUCCACAAUAUGGUAUUUUGGUCAACUCGGGGAAAGUAAUGGUGCUAUUAAAAUGUGCAUGUUUAGACUACCACGAGUAUGCAGAUUCCCUUCUGAAAAAUUCACUACUUCACUCUUCAAUAUGACUUAAGUAUGGGAAAACAGGUCUGAAAUGAAAUGAUAAAAUGGCAUCUUUAAUGAGAAACAAAACAGUAAGAACUAUAAGACAAAAUGACAUUUGGCAAAAUAAAUGCAGUAAGCAGUUUUCAUUGGCUAAAAAGGGAAUAAGCUGGACAGAGCAGUACAGAUUGCUGUGCAAAUGAGAAAAGGAGGGCACAGUUUUGAUGUAUCUUAAUGUAAUGUUCAUGAGACAUACAAUGAAGAUUCAAAUUCAAAUAUGCAAUAUCUUUCCAUAAAAUUCUUGAUCUGUUCUUUUAGUUUCCCUGUUUGCCCAAUCACCUCAUUUGAGAGUGCUUAUUCAAAUAUCUUAUUUUCCUGUAUUGCUGUGUGAUUCAUCUGUUGUUCUGACAAGGAAUACAGAAUAACAGUCCCAGUUCUAUAGGUAACUUCACAUGGCAGCCACUACCGAAGUUGAUUUAAGUUGUUACUGAAGAAGAGCCUUAAAUUGGCUUCGUUUCUUCCCUACUAUGCACAUAUUUUGUAGGUUUUGGAUAGAAUGGUUAGGUUUAGGAAAAAAAGUAUUUUGGAAUAUUCAGAUCAUUGGCACAUCUGUGGCCUGAAUCCCAAGAACUGCAGCUAGUUGGACUUGGUACUUGUCUGUCAUGAACAACUGCUCCCCAAGCUGCAUGUUAAACUUCUUGAAGCUGGGAGUUUAAAAGUUUGUGAUGCGGCCUGGGGUGAUGGGGAGCUGGGCAUUAUAUUAGGCAUGUCUAACUCCCUGUUUGCAUCUAGUGUAGCUCUUUGAAAUCUGGCCUGUAAGUUUUGUUUGACAUUUUUAACUUCAGACAAUCCUAGUAUUUAAGGUAACACUGAAGUCUGUGUGUAUCAUAUGGAAGUUAGAAAAGAAGCAGAAUAGAUUUAGAACUUUUGGGAAAUGUUGCAAGGAAAUCAGUGGACUCAUUUUUAGAGCCUAUAUGAUUACACCAGUUAAAAGAUUUUUUUUUGAAAAAAUGCUUUUAUAAAUUAGUUAUUUGCACUUUACCUGCUGGCUAUUCAAUUUUGGUAGAUAAAAGUCUGAAACUCCAGCAGAGUUUUAUAAUCCCCACAUGCUUAAAUAUACUAAAUGUUCUUUUUCCAUUAAGGUUAAUGUUCGUGAAGAAAUGGAAGAGUUUUUUCCAAGAAUGUGGAAGAUAAAUCAAGAUAAAAGAAGGCUAAUGAAAAGUGUUAAAGAUCAGAAAAUUAAAAUUGAAUGGGGGAAAAAAUUGAACAGAAGAUUGGUCAGAUAGAAGCACUUGAAUAUUUUUAAGGCUAUAAUGAAUUGUUUGAAUUGGGGAAGAAUACACGAAGUAUGAAAAAUGAAAAACUCAAUGAAGAAUGAAGAAAAGUAGAAAGCAAGAGUGAAGUAGAAUUAAAAGAAUCUGGAAGAAUGAAUGGGUCCUAGGUUAAGUAAAUGUAUGGUUUAUGUUCCAGUGUCUGUAUGAUCAAGUUGUAGAUGAAUUUGCAUGAUUACUUAGUUAAUAGAGCAUUGGUCAUCCGGUUCAAGUAGGGAACUAUUUGAGGAAAUCGCGCAAAGUUAACAGUGGGUUAAACAGAAGUUUGUCCUGGAGGGUAUUGCCUAACCACUUGUUUUUCAGGCACAAUCAAUAAAAUAUAGUUACUUUAAUAUAAGAAGGUAGGCAUUUGUGCAACCACUACCAUUUGUAAUACUGCUUUUUUUGUUAGGAGUCGCGCUCCCAGUCAAAAUCUCCAGCUGGGAGUCCUGCUCGUGUAAAAUCUGAGAGCAGGUCAGGAUCGCGUAGCCCAUCAAGAGCUUCUAAACAUUCUGAGUCACGCUCUCGAUCAAGAUCAAAAUCCAGGUAUGUGUCUGCUGUUAUACAUUCUGUCUUUGCAUAAAACUUACUUAUUUGGGGCCUUCAAGGUAUUGAGGGUUUUCAUGGAAGAGAUUUUGAGUUGUACUUUUUAAGAAUAUUUUAUAUGGAUUAUUUUAAAACGUCAGACCUUGUUCUUUAGCAAGGUUGAACUGCUUCUCAGAGUAGCAUAGAAUUAUAGGAAGCUCCCUUAUACAGUAGACCACUUGUCCAUCUCACUCAAUACUGUGUACACUCGCUGCUUGUCACUACCCAGAGCUUCAGACAGCCCUAUCGGGAGAUGCUGGGGUUUGAAACUGAACCUUUGGCAUGUGAAGCUUUUCCUGUGCCAUGCAGCUACAACCCUUCUCCACAGUGAGGUUGUUGUACCUCCUCAUGGCCUAGUUGCAGCACCAACUACACUAUGGAAGUGCUCUGAAAAUUUUCCACCAUGGAAGUGCUCUGAAAAUUACCCUGAUAGCUAUAUGAGAUAUGAAAAUUUUCCUUUCUGAUGUCACAAGGCUUUGUGCCUCUAACUGGAGAACAGUUUGUAGAUUACCAUCACAUAAGACAAAACAUAAGACAAAUCAGAUCCUAAAAUGUAAGAAAAGCUAUCUCCUUUCUGUCCCCAGUGAUAGUGAAGCUUCCAUAAACCGGCAUUCCAUACAAUGGCUUGAUUUUCACACAACAAUAAAUCACCUAAGAAAUAAACCAUGGCAUCCUGUGAAUGAGAAACAUGUGCGCACACUGCACAACCACUCCUGCUUUGCUUCAUUCUGCCUGGAACCAAGAGAAACAAAUCACAAGGCUGGUUUUGUUCUCCUUUAGCUUCUACUCAUGAUUUAACUUGGUUCCACGGCAGACCAAGGAAAACAGGAGUGAUUGAGAAACAUGUGACUUACCAUGACAUGUGAACCAGUUCUUUGUGAUGUUUUAUAUGUUCUGUGGUGAACUGCUACCUUACGAAAUUGUUGUAUUGAAACACAAUUACAUGGCUAGCAAUUACUCAAGAAAUUACCUGCACAAGUAGUUAAGAAAUUCAAAUUGUAAUACAAUAAAAUGCAAUGAAAGAAAUGAAGCAGUCAGUACAGUUAAAUCAAGACCCUAAGCAAUUUUCAUGUGGUCCUUGUGGGGGGAAGUUUGGGAGCCCCUGGAACAGAUAAAUGUUGAAAAUAUUAUUUACAUUUUACAAAAUGUUUAUUUUAAAUUACUUGAUAUUUUAAAACUGUGCCAGAAACUUACUUUGAUAUGCUUUCAGGAGCAUAUAUAUAUAAAAAAAAUGCAUGAAUUUAUGAAAACUUCAAUAUUUCUAUGGUGCUUCACAGAUGUUUUCAUAUAACAAAUAAAAUGUAUCAUUUGAAGGUCCAGGUCAAGAAGGCAUUCUCACAGGCGUUACACUCGCUCUAGAUCCCAUUCUCAUAGAAGGCGAUCACGAAGCAGAUCCUACACUCCAGAGUACCGGCGUCGAAGGAGCCGCAGUCACUCUCCAAUGUCUAACCGAAGAAGGCACACUGGCAGCAGAGUAUGUAGUGUAAGCUUGUAGGGAAAUUAUUUUAAAUCUCACUAUGAAUAUAUGUAUAAGAAAAGCUAAUCCAUUUAACUAAUUUAUUUUUGUUGAUUAGGCAUAACAUCCACAGCUUGCAGGUUUCUGCGGUCAAGAAUAAGAGGAGCCUUGGCAUUUUCUGCUUGUCAGGUCUAUUAGCGUUUACCCUAGCAACCAGCAGUAUGAAUACCCCACAGUACUUUCCCAAACAAGGAAGUGUAGGGGAGAGGAGCACCCUGAUUUUCUCUUAAGGGGCGGGGGGUGCUGGUGGUGGAAAGAACUGGUGGCUUUAUGGGAGGAGGCCCCCCCCCCCAACCAAACCCGAGAGGUGUGUAGUUCUUUACAAGAACAGACAAUUUUGAAAUCUAAUAGCUUUCAAAAGAUUUACAGUUGGGCAUGGGAAAUGAGAUUUAAAUCCUUGCUGGUAUGAAGAUAUUUGGGUAGACUAGAUCAGCUGUCCCCAGCAUGGUGUCUUACAGAUGUUUUGGACUACAACUCCUAUCAGCCCCCACCAGCAGGAAUCACAAAUACAAUUUCUUCAGAAAUUUUGCAUCUAUCCUGUGCCAGUUUAGGGAAAGUUAUAUGUCAGAGGCAUAUCAUGAUCAACAGUUGAUUGACUUCAAGUGGUCAGGCAAUCUCAGUGGUUAUUUUUGGUCCCGCCUUCCCUUUUGAAAUUGAGGUUUGGUGGUAGCAGCUGAAAUUGGCAAAACCCCUCUGAUAAUUAUGGGCAUAGGACUCUGUCUUUGCCUCUAUUCUGGUUUUGCUAUGCCGCAUCCCUUGUGGUAGGCUGGCAGGAUACUCUGAGUUAUUAAAAUUUACAUUAAAAUUAUUUAUGUAAAUAUUGAGGCAUUAUGGGAUGCAGGAGUCUUUGUAACUCACUCCCAUUCCAAGCCACCAUUUUGCCUGCUGGCUCUGGCAAAAAAAAAUAAAAAAAUCCUGCAAGCCAAAAGACAGGUGUUUCUAUAUUUGCUAUACUGUAUAUAGAAAUGAUUAUACAUUUUAAAAUUAUGAAAUUACAACAUCUUAAGGCUCCAUUUGUUAAACUGAUCUGAUUUUAGGAGUGGGAAAGGAACUUGAGAUCCUUUCUACUCUCCUUGGAGAGUUUUGGAGCAUAUGUGCGGGUGGUACAAAGCAGGUAGGUUUCCAUUGUAUGGCUGAUUAAAUGUUCCCUCUUUUGCAAUAAGACACUGAGGAAAUUAACAAGACCUGUUUGGCUGCUUCAAGGAAGUUGUUCUUGAACAGAAAGGAGAAUUGCAGGCAAAUGUCUGAAACAUGAAACCAGAAUGCUAUAUCAUUCCAUCUGCCCAUCACUAGAUGGUAAAUACAUUUUUUAAGCUGUAAAAGACUAAACCAUCAUGACACGAACAGAAUGCAGCAUUUUGGUCAGAUUUCAAAGACGUAAUUCUCUUGUUUGCAGCAAACAUGCCCUUUGCAUGUUGUGGGCUGCAGUUUCUAUCAUCCCUAAGCUUUGGUCAUGCCGACUGGGGCUGAUAGAAGUUGUAAGUUCAAAACAUCUGGAGAACCCCAUGUUGGCUACCCCUGCAAUAUAAUCUUGUAGCCCAAAACAUCUGGAGUGCACCAUGUUGGCUACCCCUGCAUCUUGCCAUAACUGCAUUAGAAACCCUCUAGCCAGUAUAUUGUCAAACCUCUGUAGGAUUAGCUGCUCUGUAGUAAGUCCAGCCAGUUUGCUGUACUCUCUCUGCAGCCAAUCUGCCCCUCCCCCUAGUCAGCAUAAUGAAGCGAGACCUUCUGAAUCCUCUUUCAUUAUGAGAAUUGGAUCCAGUGGUGGAGUAGGCAUAAUAGAUCUUCCUUUCCCUUCUUGUGUUACUCAGAAUGCGCAGUUAUCUAAAAUACCUUGCUGCCUAUGUCAGUGAAAGAAUGAGUGAGUGUGCAACUGGCACUGUUCUAGACAUGCUUUGAUACUUGAAUUUGGUUCAUUUUUUAGGCUAAUCCAGAUCCUAAUACAUGCCUUGGCGUGUUUGGCCUCAGUUUGUAUACUACUGAGAGGGAUCUUCGUGAAGUCUUCUCUCGUUACGGACCUUUGAGCGGUGUCAAUGUGGUUUAUGAUCAACGAACUGGACGAUCAAGAGGAUUUGCUUUUGUUUACUUUGAAAGAAUAGAUGAUUCUAAAGAGGUAAAUUUAUUAAGUUGGGAAGGUUGCAAAGUUUACCAGUGAUUAUGAGGCUGUAGAGGUUUCCCCACAGAGUUGAGAUUCCCUGGAGACUUCCAGGUCAUUUGAGAGGCCUGGAGGAGUCACACAAGGCUUGGGGCCAAGGCAGAACAUAAGAAUAUAAUGAAAGGCAAAUUCAGCACUCUCUCUCUCUAUCUAUCUCUCUAUCUCUCUCUCUCUUAAAAAAGUUGUAAUAGUACUGUAUAAAUCUGUGAAUCAGCCACAGUUGUCCAGUGCAGACCUACCUCCUGAUUGCUAAUAAUAAUCAAGACUAAGUGAAGACUGUGAGAGUGUACACUCUGUGCCCACUUGUAUGUAAAUUCCCUCUUAACCACACUGUAGGGUUAUACCUGAUAAAUGUAAACUAACCAGGAUUUCAAACCAGGCAUUUGAAAAAACUGCAUUUGAGAGAGAAGAAGCAUAAUAAGCUUCUGAAAAAUAAACUGGCAUUAAAAGUUAAAUUUCAGUUUUUUUAGCUUCAAAUCAGCAUAGUAGUAAUAUAGUUUUAAUCAAAUCAUGUGGCUGCUGUAAUACAUAAUUUUGACUGAGAAUGUUUCCUUGUGUUUAAAGUACACAAUCAUAUAUAAUAAGAAAUUUGAUCUGCUGGUUACUGUAAUUCUUAAAUCUACUUGGUUGUGCCUCAUUCAUGAUGGGGAGGAUAUACUUCAGGCUUUUUUAAAAAACAACAACUAUGCUAUGUCAUUUGGGUCUGUUUGAUUCCAGAGACUACGUUGAUGAUGUGUCAGUACUUAUGUGAAGCUGUUUGAUAAAAGUAUGAAAUUUGAAUGGUAGUCUUUGUUGAUGUUCCUUUGCAUAAUAGCAUUUUCCAAAUUGUCUUGGAGUAACUAUAUAUUGGUAUGACUAGUGCUAUAAUCUAUGAUGCUUUGAUUUUUGUAGUGUGGACCUUUUGGUGAGAGAAGAUUCUUUAAAAUAGUGUUUGCUGUGUUUCAGUGAUAGAAAGAAAUCACUAGGUGGCGAUAUAGUCCACAUUUAAUCACAUUCGAAGUACUGAAUUGAAGUGUAGAAUGUUCUAGUUUUUAUUUUUAAUUUCUUACAAUGUAAACAGUAACCAUGUGGAACUUGAUUUUCCCCUAGUUGAGGCCCUAAAUUAUGAAUAAGCCUUUUUUCUAGGGCUGGAGUUAAACAAAAAUCCAGUGCCAAGAAUGUAAUACAAUCAGAAACCUGAAGUGAGUGUUCCGGUUUUCGAACAUUCUUUUGGAAGCCGAAUAUCUGACAAGGCUUCUGCGGCUUCUGAUUGGCUGAAGGAGCUUGCUGCAGCCAGUAAGAAGCCACACUUUGGUUUUCGGAUUCUGUUCGACUUCUGAGGUACAACUAUAAUGUUUAGGUUGGGUCAAAAGCUACCAUUUUGUCCAAAGAAGGGGUUGCUUGCUCACAAAAAGGCAUACGGUGGCAUUCUUGAACAACUGCAAGCAUGACGGUUGCUGUAGAGCCUACCUGUUGUAGAUAAACAAACUCUUUGCUAGUACUUCCAUAAGCAUUUUUGGCAAAGCAGUGCCAUAUAUUUUCUCCAGUCCAAAUUAAGCAAAAAGAGAAAAAAAGGGGGGGGGGGAAGAAAAAUAUUUGCAUCAACAGACAUGGAGUAGGUAGCAACCAAGAAUCGCCACUACAACCACACACACAAAAGGGAGCAAGGGUCAAACCUUUUAACAGGAUUUAUGUAAAUUUGCUCAUGGAUUAAUAAAAUGGGGGUAAUAUUUUUCUUUGAAUGUAUUUUAGUGUUUUUAUAUUGUGAACUGCCCUGUGAUCUUCAGAUGACAAGGAUGUAUAACUUGCUGUUGGAAUGGAAUACACAAGAUGAAAUGGUUAAAUCGGCUAUGAUAAGGUGGGCACAGGAUAUUGGGUAUAAUAUUAUGUUUGAGGACUGGGAAAGGCUGUGGAGUAAUGGAUUGAAAUUUACUGCAUGUAAUGCUUUGAAAGAAAAUGUAAUGAAAAUGAUUUAUAGAUGGUAUAUGACCCCAGUCAAACUCGCAAAAAUUUACCACCUGUCUGAUAACAAGUGCUGGAAAUGCAAAGAGUGUGAAGGAACGUUCUUCCACCUCUGGUGGACAUGCCCUAAAGUGAAGGCGUUCUGGGAAAUGAUUUAUAAUGAAUUGAAAAAGGUAUUUAAAUAUACCUUCACUAAGAAACCAGAGGCCUUCCUUUUGGGUAUUGUCAGCCAAGGGUGGCAAAGAAGGACCAGACAUUUUUAUGUAUGCAACAACAGCAGCAAGGAUACUACUCGCAAAACAUUGGAAAACCCAAGAUCUACCCACACUGGAAGAAUGGCAGAUGCAACUGAUAGACUAUAUGCAACUGGCUGAAAUGACUGGCAGAAUCCGUGACCUGGGAGAAGAGAGAAUCGAGGAGGAUUGGAAGAAAUUUAAGAACUACCUACAAAAACAUUGUGAUUUGAUUGAAUGCUGAAUAAGAUGCUGGACUAAAUAACUGAGCACCACUUAACUUAGAAAUUUUUAAGGAAACAAGAAAAGUUGUGAAAGUUUAACUCUUUAUGAGAACUUUAAGAUUAUGAAAUAUCGAAGAGAUAUAAGAAUUUAAAUAAGAUGAUAAAUUGCUGACAAAAUGUUAUAAUGAUGAAGGUGGGAGCGGGAGAUGUGAGGAAGUCCAAAGAAAAUGUGAAAUUAUGUUAAGACGAAUGCUAUAUUGUUUAUUACAUUUAUUCCUAUUGUAAAACCCAAUAAAUUGCUUUAAAAAAAAAAACAAGAAUCGCCACUACAACCACACACACAAAAGGGAGCAAGGGUCAAACCUUUUAACAGGAUUUAUGUAAAUUUGCUCAUGGAUUAAUAAAAUGGGGGUAAUAUUUUUCUUUGAAUGUAUUUUAGUGUUUUUAUAUUGUGAACUGCCCUGUGAUCUUCAGAUGACAGGUGGUAUAGAAAUUUAAUAAAUCAUCAUUAUAUCAUCUGAUUGUAAAUUAUUGAUGCUGUCUAAUUUGCAUGAUUAAGAAUAGAGCUAAAAACUCACUGUUAAUUGAGGCAAAGCAUAGAACAUCCAUGAGAGUGUGUUGGAGAUAGAGCCUGAUGUGGAGUCAGUUCCUUAAUGCAUUGUUUGAGUGAACUGCCGAGUGGUGAGUGAGUACCGUAUUUUUCGCCCUAUAGGAUGCACUUUUCCCCCUCCAAAAAUGAAGGGGAAAUGUGGGUGCGUCCUAUGGGGCGAAUACAGGCUUUCGCUGAAGCCUGGAGAGCGAGAGGCUCUUGCUCUCCAGGCUUCAGGAAGCUCUGCGCAACCCUCCGGAGGCCGGCGCGGCUUGGUCAGUUCCUUAAUGCAUUGUUUGAGUGAACUGCCGAGUGGUGAGUACCGUAUUUUUCGCCCUAUAGGACGCACUUUCCCUCCAAAAUGAAGGGAAAUGUGGUGCGUCCAUGGGCGAUACAGGCUUUCGCUGAAGCCUGGAGAGCGAGAGCCUCUCGCUCUCCAGGCUUCAGGAAGCUCUGCGCGACCCUCCAGAGCCUGGCGCCAAGCCGUGCCGGCCUCCAGAGGGUUGCGCAGAGCUGCCUGCAUUUCGAAGCCUCUUCAGCGCGCCCGGGCUUCGCACAGCUGUCCGCAAGCCUGGGGAGACCGGCGCGGCUCCCUAGGCUUGCGGAUAGCAGGCUGUUCUGGGGGCUGGGGUCGAGGGAAGCUCGGGCUUCCCCCGCGCCAGCCCCAUGCCUGGGGGGGAAAUAAUUUUUUUUCUUUAUUUCCCCCCCCCCAAAAAACUAGGUGUGUCCUAUGGGGCGAAAAAUACGUUAAUUAGGAAGUUGUGUAGGCUGAACCUGCCAUUUUACUAAGCUCUGCUGGAAUAGGUCCUUGUAAGUGAGAUGGUAGGAGACAGAAAGCAUGAAAUGGCAGCUGAACAGCAGUAGUAACCCAGCCAUGUGCACCCUGCAGGAAGCCACACUAGUGUGCGGUCCCUUUGCUUCAAGGGAAAUGGCUCCCUGUUUACCUUUUGGGGAGCUUUAAAGGCAAAGUGUCAGGAAUGAAUCAGCUUCUUAGCAGGGUGCUGGCUUUAAAAGGGAUCCUAUUUCACUAACUUUAAUGCCCCAAGUCAGUGGAGACAUUUUAAUUCUCUCUGCUAGAGAAAAGACGGUCCACUGAUUAGCAGGAUACUAAUAACUAAAGACAAGCUGAUUUUGCUUAAUGAGAAUAAGCACUAAUUUCUCGUUACUGGAACUAAAGUGUCUGCCUUCUUUGCAGGCAAUGGAACAUGCAAAUGGAAUGGAGCUGGAUGGCAGGAGAAUCCGGGUGGAUUAUUCUAUCACAAAGAGAGCACACACGCCCACCCCUGGAAUCUACAUGGGCAGGCCAACCCAGUAAGGAGUUUUCCUGGCUUAAUCAGAAGAACUGCAUUUUAGAGUCUGUGAUUCAUAAGAAACUAUGUUGUCAAUAAAUGCAAUAGUUCUGUCUCUUCAUAGGCUAAUCAUGGUCUUACUCGAGAAAUUCCUUUUGAAAAUCCAUUCAUUUCAUGUUCUUUAAACUUACUUAUUUUCAUUAUUUCUAUGCCACCUCAUAACUCACUAUUGCUGAGUAGCACGCAUUACAGUGCAUGAACAAUAAUUGCAAAUACAAUUAAAGACAGACAGUUCUGGAAAACUUAAAAUGUGAACUCUGCCCGUUGAAUGGUCUAGAGAGCUAUCUAAUCCUGUAUCUUAAGCCAGUGUGGACCCGAGUUAUCCCUUGAAUGGGAAACCCUGCGAGCUGCAAGUUUAAAUGUUAAAAAAAUUUUUUUUUCUUGAAAUAAGAGAAAUCCUAAUGUUUUGCAUAAUGCAUCUUGUCUUCCUCCCAAAAAAGUAGUGGAGGUGGUGGCGGAGGAGGAGGAGGUGGAGGAGCUGGCCGUCGCCGUGAUUCCUAUUACGACAGAGGAUAUGACCGAGGCUAUGACAGAUACGAAGAAUAUGAUUACCGUUACAGGUAUGCAUUCUGAUUUAAAUGAAAAGGCUCAGAGGAAAUCUUUGUCACAAGCAUGAACAUUGCAUAGGCAUAGGCAGACACAUGGGCAGGAGCUGGUUACAGAGUGAGGCUGUAGUAUGCAAAGUUGGAGAAGAAGGUAAAAGAAGAAAGGGAUCGUGUGGCCCACUGAGUGUGAGGGGAGAGUGAAUGGGAAAGAUGGGCUCUAAAGCAGGCAUAGGCAAACUCCGGCCCUCCAGGUGUUUUUGGCCUACAACUCCCAUCACCUGUAGCUAACAGGGCCAGUAGUCAGGGAUGAUGGGAAUUGUAGUCUCAAAACAUCUGGAGGACCGGAGUUUGCCUAUGCCAGGUCUAAAGGGACAAGCAGACUGAGCAAAAAGAAAAGGAGAAGCCUUGGGUUGCUGUAGAGCCUUCUGGUUCCUGUGCUUCUUUGUCUUCUGGACACACAUACCAGUCCCCCCUUUAUUCCUGUUUGGUUUGCUGGCAAACUAGAUGAAAGGUUUAUAUUUCAAAAGGGAACUAGGGAAAGGGAUAAGAGUGGGUAGCUGUUUUAGGAAGAGGAAAUAAUGUGAAAGGAACACAGAAAACGGAUGAAACAUGGGUGGUUGGGAUAAGAAUAUUAAAAGCUGCCUUCACUUACCCUCCCUGCUGCAAGAAGAUUGCUACGGCAUAGGAUUGAGCUGUUUCUAAAGAAGGGUUAAAUGUCAAUAGAAAAUGUCUGUAAUUGCCAGGCAAUUUUGCUAAUCUCUGGGUUCAUCCUUCCUCAUUUAAUUGCUGGCUCCAUCCUUCCACUACCAUUUUGUGACUGGUGGGCCCCACUAAUUUUAGCCCUCAAGUAGCCCCUAGGGAUAGAAAUUUUGAGAUAAGUUUAUAGUCUUCAAAAAUUCUGUUAGUUCAUAUAGUGAUCUAUAGUUUGUAUAGUGAUUUAUGGUUUGUUGCAAAUCAGAUUAUUGCUUCCAUAUAACUGCUUUCCAAUUUAUUAAAGCACGUUUAGCCUGUUUUACAAACUCUGCAGUAGUCUCAAAGCAUAUAACAAUAAAUAUUUUGAAACGAAAUAAUUAAAGCCAAAUCAGCCAAGUAAAAUAGCUUAAACAUCUUAGAACCGAGAAAACAAAAAACCCCAGUACCUGAUAAAACAGGGAAUUAAAACUAUUCCAUAUAAAAGCUAACCUAUGGUCAACAGUUUACAGUAGCAUGUUGUAAUCAUAUAUGUGUUUUUUUCACACCAGUCUAGUUACAUCUCUCUGAAAAUCAAACUUAUCCAGCAUCUCUUCUAACCAGGGAGCUUGGAUAGCAAGUUGUGUUUAUGUAGUAUUACAACUUAGUGUGCCAUAUGACGUUGGUGUUGAAAUGACUGGGUUGAGGAGGACUAGAUUAUCUUUGUAGUCCCUUUCAACUCCAGGUUUCUUUGGCACAAGAACCACUAUUUGUUGCAGCUGCAGGAGCACGUUUGAAGGUGAAAAUAACAUGCCCAUAUGAGUAUGGUACCCAGAAAUUAGUCUGCCUUGCAUUUGGUCAGGUAUAACAGUAGAUACUUAUGAGAGCUUAAAGAUACAGACUUAUGUGAAAAAGAGGUGUGUGUGUUUUCUUAAUCUGUUAAUGUCUUAUGGUUUGUAAAAACAAUGUUUCCAUAUUAAUCAGCACCUUAAAUCACUGUGGAAUACUAUUUAAAAAUAGGUGUCUUUAAAUUUGUCCAAUAUGCUGUGGGGGAGAAAGAAACCAUGCAAAUGAAGCUUGGUUCUUCCAUUUGGUAAAAACAUAUAUGCUGUACAAAUCAUUUGACAAUAUUUUUUAAACUCUUGAAUAGUACAAUAGCCACGUGUACUAGAGCCACUGCUAAGAAAUGUAUUUGUAUACUUUCUUCAAAGGAGGCGAUCACCUUCACCUUACUAUAGUCGUUACAGAUCACGGUCAAGAUCGCGUUCCUACAGCCCAAGUAAGUAUAACAGCAGUCUCACCAGAGUGGUUACAGCAGAAGAAACAUCAAAUCAAAGCACUGCCAGGCUUCUCGCCACGCCCCCAUCCUUCCAAUUUGCCUUAUGGAUAUUCUCUAGUGAUUAGACAGUAGCAAGGAUACCAUCUUCAGAGCUCCUUUUCCAUCUGUGGCUCUCCCUCUCUGCUUGCAGACAGGGAUCCACAAAAUCCUAUAGUGUGUGCAACACCUUCACAGGGACCAUAGGAUUGCAACCCUAAGUAAACCAUUUGUAUCUAGUAGAAGUUGUUUUUAGCAAAAUGAAGUGUGACCAAAGGGGAAUUCACUGAUACUGGGUGGAAGGAGAAACAAAUGAAUAUGGAAUUAUGAGCUGAUGGUUACAGUGUUCUCUCUUCUUUCUUUCAGGGCGCUAUUGAAGAAGAGAAGCUAGUCACAGUUGCAAAUACAAUUUUUAAACAGCAAGUUCCGAACUUCGCUUUCCCUAUAGAUCCCCUGCAGUUAUCUGAAACCCUAUUAAAAGGUCCUUGGUUCAUUUAGACUAUAUGUAUUUUCAGUUGAAAUACCAGUUUUCCAUCUCUUCUUAUUGUAAUACUCCAGGUGUAAUUGUUGUAGCUUUAUGUACUUAAAUAUCUUUAAGCGAAAACUAAAUAGGAAACCCAAAGUGGUAAUACGUUUUGUGAAUUUUUUUUUAAAGCAAGUGGAUUUUUGUUGAACGUAAUGGGGAAGGAAAACAGAAGUGUGUUAAAGCCCUGCAUGUUGUGUUUCAGUAGAAAUCUACUAUUUUAAUGAACUGUUCAUCUUUCUGCCUAUUACUUUUGAGGAAGAAAGUGUUGUUCUGUAUCUUCAGUUAUAGCCCAAGUCAGUGCAUGCUCUUAAACCAGAGCAUUUUCACUCAUUUUCUCAAUGCAGUGAUUUAAUAAUAAUAAAAAACAUUGGAGGGAAGUCUUUGAAAAAAACAAAAUUCUCGUAUACUACAAAUUUCACCUUGGCAUGUGUUUAAUAUAAUCACAGUGCUAAUAUGGAUGACAUUUGAAAUUUGGUUAAUAUUAAAUUGACUGGAAAACGUUCUUAUGUUUGCCCCAUAAUCAGGACAGGCCUAAUUUACUGGGCGUAGAAAAUAUUUGAUCUGUUCUUAGCAGUUCUAUAUGGAAAUAAAAUUAUGGUUAAGCAGGUUCUGUUUGGUACUAUGGAUUUCAAAACUAUUAUUUUGCUUCUCAAAAUAAAUUUAAAUUCUACCAGUGCAGUGUUUCAGCAUUUAAUACAAUUGGUUAGAUAUGUUAAGUUUCUUGCAAGGAAUUAACAAGUAGUAUUUCCUGAAAUCUUGGUAUUGGAUCCAACCUAGGUUAGCUGCUCUUUAAGUCCCAUCAAUUUCAGCUAAAUUAGACUGGAACCAACCCUUAGAUUUAGAGUUGGGGUAGCGGUGUGCACAAUAAAACAUAUGAGUCUGCUUCUGGAGAGAGAUCCAACAGCAUCUUUCCUAAAACUAUGGACAAUCUGGAGACACUGAAAUUUAGCACAUGGAAAAAGAAUUGAGGAAUUAAGCUCUGGUGUAUCACUCCCUGUAUUAGUAAAGUGAGUGUGCAGAUAUAUCGAACAGCAAAAUGGAUGGAGAGAUAGGGCAAGAUAGGAACCCAAUAAAUGGGAGAGAGCCUAUGGGCAUGCAAAAAAUAAUUAUUAUUAGUUCGUUAGAAGAGAGCUUCUCCCCAGAAUCAACAGGAGCUGUGUAUGUGCAUAGCUCUCAUUCUGCAUGCAAAUAUGGGUAUCAGAAAACAGCAUGGAGGGGUUGAGCCCUCAGCUGGCCAAAGACAGGUCCCACACUGAAGAGAAGCAGGAAUCACUGGGGCAAAGGGAGAACUGGCAUCUUGGUGUGUGUUACAUCCUUGGUGGGAGCAAUUGCCAUUGCCCCAUACACUGCAAGAUGCAAAAAAAGUCGUGAUGCCCACAUCACCUCCUGCCUCACUUUUUGGUUUGUCUUGCAAGAGUACCAAAAUUCCAGGAAAACUCAGUAUUUAAAAACAGGCAAACAUUUUCUUUUCCCUAGUUGUCCUUUCUGGGAGCAAACACCACUUUCUGGUACAACUAAUGGUCAACCAUACUACAAUACUGUGUGUAGCUUCUGGGUUGAGUAAACUUUUCAAAUCUUGGUGUAAGGAAUGAACUGGAAGGCACCCACCACAAAACUUUAAAUAAAAAAAAAGCAUUAGAAUGCAUGAUAUUUACUUGGAAAACAAAGAGGGGCAAGUAUGUACAACCCAAACUUUCUAUCAUUAAGCAUCGUUAGGCUUCAGCAUAAGUGCUUAUACAAUACAUACUUGCAUAACUUAAACUAAUACACAUAUAUGUGGCCAAGGAAGAAAAAAGUACUUCUUUCUUGACAGAAGUUUUGACUUCAUCUUUUUGAGUCUCAUCCUGUGAUGUGGAGAUUUCCUUUCAUUUGUACACACAAAUUGCCUCCCUUUUUCCUCAUUUACUAUCUCAAAGGUGUACUGGUCUGUGCGGAUAAUGUUUGAUGUGCAGAAUGGUUUGGUAUAUAAUUUCAAAGCAUUCAAUAUGUAAGACAAAUGUUCCAUAUCCUGCCUCAUCUGAAAUUUACAGGCACUUGGAAUGAUUGAGAAUCCUCACCAUUUUUAGGCAUUUGGUUUGAACUCACAAGGGGCAAGCAGUCUGUCAAGCCCUACCCCCGCCCCCAGUUACACUGCAUUGGCUGCAGAGUGUGCCUGGCUAAUGUAUGAGUGUCAUUAAUCUGAAAGGGGCUGCUUUACUCGCAUAUUGAGGAUGGGAGACCCGAUUGAUGAGUUCCUAUCCCUAUACACACGGAAACUGCUUAACACCAAUUGCACAUUAGCUGGGGCUCACCCAGUUCGCUACCGCUUGUUCUUUUGCAUGUUAAAUGUGAAUUCCUGAAGAGGAGUCAUACUGCAGACUUAUGAAUUCUGGAAGAGUAGUGCUGUUAAGUCUGUUGCAACAGGUAAUCUCAUGCCACUAUAAAUUUAAGAUGCUAAGCAACUUUGUUUCCCAAAAGCGAUAAUGUUAGGAUUCCUAUUUCCUAAAGUUUCUUUUUCAUCCAAGUGCUCUCCUUUUGUGUGGUACUUAAAAAGCAUGCAUUGAGUUUAUUUGUUCACAUCACUAAUCAAUUUACAUGCCCUUGUCCUCUGAUAUUUCUCCACUUUUAUUUUAGAUAGAUAGGAAGGAUUUUUAAAUCCUGCCGCUUUUGAACCUAAAAUGCAUUACUAAUGGUUUCACAUUCAUAUGAUGUCAUCUAAAUAUUAUUUCAGGUGUAAUUUGCAUGGGAGUUGAAUGUAUCUGUGUAGGUGUCCUGACACCAGAACUACUUGGUAUCCAUGUGGAUGCAUGCAUGUGUCACAGGAAGAGAUUCAUUACUACAAAAUACUGUACAUUUUAUAGUAGUCUGUGGUGGAGCUCAUUGUGAAUCAGUUUUACAUCUAUGUUAACGGAAGUUAAAACUAACUCUUACUGGGGGGAAAUUAAGGGUGGAUCUAGACACAGGUUAAAAACGCUAUAAGCAAGUCAGAAACUAAAUUGUUACAACAAAAGGGGGGGGAACCUAUACAACAAUCCAUAUAAAUUCCUUUUUGCUCUCUGGCGUUAUCUGGUGUUGGAUGUUUAUAACACAUUCAAAAAGUAUUAUUGUGACGAAUGCAGCUGAGUCCUAAGCCAUGUAUGGCGGGGAAGACAGUUGAUGAGAUUUUUCUCUAAGCUAUAUCCCUGUUCAGAUGUUUAUAAACUUGUGUUCUCAAUUAUGCAAGUGGGGUACAGCAGGUAUACACAUACUAAGCCCACUACAUCACAUCACAUCACAUCACCAUGACAUCACCAUGACAGGCCCAUCUACAUUGUAGGGCAGGCUUCCUCAACCUCGGCUCUCCAGAUGUUUUGAGGCUACAAUUCCCAUCAUCCCUGACCACUGGUCCUGCUAGCUAGCGAUCAUGGGAGUUGUAGGCCAAAAACAUCUGGAGGGCUGAGGUUGAGGAAGCCUGUUGUAGGGUGAAAGUUUGUAGUGGGAGCUGGUCAUCCUCAGGCAGCUCCUGUGAUUUAGAACCUAGAUACUAAAUCAAGUGGGGAAUCUGCACGAUUGCAUAAAUUCAGCCUCAACAUGUGGAGUUCUAUGGGACUGUCAGGAAUGGGAUGGAGGAAUAGAAUUAGCACAUCCCCACUCACCUAGUGGAGAACAAGCAAGUUUAAAUACCUGAACAGGGCUUCUGUUGUGUGGUGUUUCCUGUGACUAUGGAGACAGUAGUCAUGGUUGCUCAGCAAUUUGCUUCUGAUCACUUCCCUGUAAGGUGGUAGUUUAUUUCUCAAAAGACAGGUUUGAACUGGCUAGUGUUCUCCCCAAGGUGAGCAGAAUUGUAUCUAAAAACAACACUCCCUUUCUAGUUUUCAUUAUUUUGUCAUCUUUAACUCAUAAUUUUUUGCCAUCUUGCUCUCUGCUUGGACAGCUUUGGGGUAAAAUGUUUUGAUCAAAGUGUUUAUCACUCUCUGACUCUUGUACUGAAACAUUCUAUACUUGGUAUCGUCAAAUUGUUCUUGUUUUGUUUUUUAGAUCCUUAGUCUUCAGGUUUAAAAGAACAAUCUGUCAUAAAGAUCAUUGGGAGAGAUCAAUUUUCUUAAAUUCUUGUCUCAGUAUGUUGAACAGCAGGAACAGCUCCCUUUGGCUAGAACGUUAUAGAUCCUAGCGCUUUUAAAAAAAUACUCCUUUCUUAAUUUGAUUCUCUGAAGGUUGUUUGAUACCAGGUCACAGUGGUAUGCAGGAAACUCAUACUUAUUUUGAGGCCAAUCCAUAGGAAACUAAAUGUAACACUGAAGCAGAUUAUUACCCCUGUUGCCUUACAAACCAACCAACUAACCCGCCCCCCCCAGCCGUUGCACAGAAAAACUUCCAAAAUAGAAAAAUUAGCUUCAGUUUGCUGAAAGAAACAACUAUGCUUCCUUCCCGUUUUUGGUGAUAGGUGGCAGUCUGGAGUGGAGAGAAAAUAACUGUGGCCACUCCUUUGUUUUCUUGCUCCCUCUGCUUGACUACAAGAAGUUUAGAGAAGCUAAUGUACCACUUUCUGGCUGUACUGCAGGUUUUAGCACCUGCUGCAGAGUGCUGAAAAUGUAUUACUUCCUGACUACUUAGUUUAAAAUAGCAUGCAUUCAGAAAAGGAUGAAGGCUUUGUAGUGCCUGUACCCUACACCACCUGGCUGAUGAUCAGCGUUCACCGGUCUCCACAGUACUCCCUGUUGUUACCCUGGUGCCGUUUUAUCCUUCACAAAAUGUAUUCGUGGAUUAGAGACGACCAUUAGAGUAAGCUGUUGAGUGAUGGUUUUCUGUUGCAUAUUUGCAGUCCAUAUAUCAUUGUAGUGUAAGCCUUGGAAGUGGAGCCUGUUACAUUAGGUAACUAUUUUUACACCAGCGGCUCUGUUUCAGAAAAUGUGUAACUGCAAUUUAGCCUGGGAUGAAAGGUGAGGCAGCAUCUCACAGAGGGGGUCUUGUCUCUUAAGCCUUUUAAUAUGUAAAAAGCUUAACUUGAAGGGUCCUUCGAACUACAUUUAAAAUAAAAUAAAAAAGAAAAUGAAAAAGGUAUAGCUCAAUUUACUUGAAUGUUCACCUCUGCUCAUAAAGACACACCUUUUUAACCUGGCUUUUGACACUUGAGAUGUAUGUUUUUAGAUGUAACGAGAUGUAAGCUGUUUAAAACUUUUUUACGCUGUGUUUAAAUUGUUAUAACCCACAUUGGGAACUUAGGAUGAAGGGUGGGUGAUUGAGAAUAAUGUGCCUAUUGUUUGUCACACACACAAUUUAUUUGUUUGUGCAUGUUUGUGUAAUGCUUGGAAGAACCCGCUGGGAAGAAAAGUAAUGUUACGGGCAACAAGAGGUUGCUACGUGAGGAAGACUCACUAAAUAAGCUCAGAAACAGCCUGUCCUGAUGUGCAUUUCUUUGUAUCUAUUAUAGAAGCAUAGAGUUCAUCUGAGGAUCAUCUAUGUCCCGUAUAGGGAUCGAACUUGCAGCCUUAGCAUUAUCGGCACCACGCUCUAACCAACUGAACUAUCCACUUGGAUUAGGAAAUAAUAAAAGGGUUAGGUUACAUGAUUUGUUGAACAUGUCUGCUGUUACCACUUUCAUAUCCC